AUGUUCCAUAGGAUUGGGAUACAGCGCAAACAUGUGUUCUUGGCAUUCAAGGCUGCAAAUCUGGAGCGAAUACCGAGCCAGUAUAUCUUACCACGAUGGUCACGCAACACAUGCUGGCAUCACACGCAGAUCUACGCAAACACCAACCAGCAUGGUUCGACUGAACACAUCGACGGGGCUACAAGAAUGGGGACCGUAUUUGACGAGUUCUUCAAGUGUGUUGGGUAUGCAUACGGUAAUAACGACAAAAUAACUGAGCUGGCACACCUACUAAAAGCACACAGAGAGAAAUCAGCAGAAAGCAUACCCCAGGACGAAACCAGAGCAUCAAAAACUGACAUCAUACGUGGCUUCUGUGGGUCUACCUCAUCACCAAACAUCAAGGUUCACCCCCCUGCAAUUGCUAAAAACAAGGGUUCCGGUAAGCGUUUCAAAUCAACAAAGGAGAUUGCAUCAACACUAGCAGCCAAGGAGGUAAGGAAGUGCCGGACAUGCAACACAUACAGACACCAUGAUAGUCGCAACUGCGAGUUACGGACGAAGACAACAGGCCACAAGUAG